UAUCAAAAUACAUCUCACCUCCUAAACACAAGUCAGACGAAGAUGCAGCAUCAGGAGUGUAAUACCGCGGUGUGAGACAGCCAGUGGUCCUGAUGGGAGUGAUAUCUCACUAUCUGCUCACUCAUCUGGUGAAGUUUUGUCUUGGAGAUGAGGGUGUGGACACCGUUGAAGAGGCUCUUUCACGGGUUCAGGAUCUUCUGGGUCAUUAUCAGCUGUCCAGUGCUGAGGUGAUUCUGGAGAUCAGAGCCGACAGGGUCAGCUUGAGAGACAGAAACAACCAGGAUUUGGAGACGUUUGCCCUGUCCUCUCUUCUCCGCUGUGACUGCAUAUAUUCUGCAUCUCUCCGUCAUCCGUCUCUUCUUCUGCUGGUUUGUCAGAGCUCCACCCAGAAGAGACCGAGCGUUUAUUUAUUCAGCUGCACAACGGCGGAGUGCAUCAGAGAUGACAUCGAGCAAGUUGUGUCACAUCACACAAUAAGAGAGAACAGGUUUGUAGAAUCCAUUAUGGAUAUUUCGGGAGUUCCGAGCCCUCCAUACAGCCAAGCCCCAAACCCGCCCUCAAACCACCCCCCACCCCCUUACCCGGGCAUCAGAGCUAAUGGAAUGGUGAAUGGUCAGCCUGAUAAGUCAUUUCUCAAAGCUCAGGUGGAGGUGGACUUGCUCAAUCAUUGUUUUGAUGACAUGGAAGCGUUCAUGGGAAAGCUGCAGCAGUCAGCAGAAGCUCAGAUGAUCCUCAACCAAAGGAGCAAAAAAAACAAGAGAAGUCAGAAGAAAAGUGCAGAUGAGGAUCUAUUGACAGCAAAAGCUAAACCCCCGUCUGAGAAAGAGUUCAUCAACACAUUUCAGAAAUUCAAAUACAGUUUUAGCUUGUUGGCACGGUUAAAAUCCGCCAUCUCCAAUCCUACCUCAGACGAGCUCGUGCAUCACGUCUUCAAACCUCUCGACAUGAUUGUGAAGGCUACAGGAGGUCCUGGUUUAGCUGCAUCCGUGUCCAGUCCUGCCAUGACACAAGCGGCUGUGACUCUCAUACAGAAUAACCUGACAACACAGGAACAAGAGUUGUGGACCUUACUAGGACCCAACUGGACACAGCACAGGUCUGCUUUCCGAAGCCCCGUGGCCCCCUACACACCCACAUUUCUGGACGGAUGGAGACCCCCGGGGUCAGAUGUCGCAGGUUGGGUUGAUCCUGUGGAAAUACAACACAAACAAGAUGCAGAGCUCUCAAAAGUAGAGCUUAAAUCGUCUCACCCCUCUGAUCGACAAACUCCCGCUCACGCUACAGACCCAACUGAUAGCACGGUGAAAGAGAGGUUAUAUCGCUGCAGUUACGACUUUGUGGCACGAAACAGCAGCGAGCUCUCGGUUCUGCAAGGAGAGACACUAGAGGUGAUCGAAUCAUCUAAACGCUGGUGGAAGUGCCGUAAUAAGUUUAACGAAGUGGGAUUCGUACCCUUCAACCUCCUGGAGCCCGUCACACACGUUGACAAUCCCGUGACGCGCAGAACUCCAAAGCCUCCCGCUGCUCCACCAAUAUCCAACGGCCUGCCCAUGCCGUCCGCCGUGACCUCUGACCCCAGCAGCCCUCGACCCCGCAGCAUGGUGCUGGGACCACAACAUCUGCCUGAAGACACGGAGAAAGUCAUGCAGGUUAAUGAUGAGUUACUUCAACGCUUGACCAGCGGGAAGAAUUUAUCCCCCCGGCUGACGAUCCCUCGCUCGACGGACACAACGGCUCAGCUCGAUUACAGCUCGCCUCCAGAUGAAGUGGAGAACUGGCUGAGAAAGAAGGGCUUCAGUCAACCGACGGUUCAGUGUUUAGGGGUUCUGAAUGGAGCUCAGCUCUUCUCACUGAAUAAAGAAGAGCUGCGUGCUGUUAUUCCUGAAGAGGGCGCUAGAGUCUACAGUCAGCUCACAGUACAGAGAGCCCUGCUCGAGGACGCUCGCAGAUCUACAGAGCUGGAGACUGUGAUGGAGAGACAGAAGAUGAAGGUGGAUUUGAAACUGGAGAGUGGAACUCUAUAAACAUCUAUUGAUGAAUGAACGUGCGCGCACGCACACACACACACACACACACGCACAGCACACACACACACACACACACACACACACACAAGCACCUGCACAAGAAUAUUUUACCUUUCCAUCUCUGUCCAUACUGACAGCACGGAACGAAGUUACGAAUCUGGAAGAUUAUGUACAAACAUCUUAAUUUUUAAUGUAACAUGGAUUAAUAUAUUCUUAACUAAUAAAUGUAAUACGCAUGAGCUGAAACCAGCAGUUCCUCUUUCUUCCCAAGUGGGGGCGACAAACACCAGCAUGUGCAAAACAGAGGCAGUGACGCAGUACCGGACCCUUACUAGAGUAAACUGAGAAUUGUAGGUCAGGUUAUGAAAGAUUCAGGAUUUAAACCUGCAGUCUUUUGGUUAUUAGCCUGGAUUUGAACUUCAUAAUGGAUGAACUACACUGACAAUACAUUUUUGUUACUUCAUAAAUUUAACAGUAUUUGGGAGAUCUACUAAUACUAUAAUGCUCACUCGUAGUUUAUUCAUUUAAAUUUUUCACAUUAUUAUGUUUGGUUGCAUAUCUGCCAAACAAAAAAACUUUAAGACAUACAGAAUGUGAAAAAAUUACCUGCUCACUGAUCUGAGCAAACUAUUAACCACAUAAACGAAACUGAACUAGUAGUCGCUGCUGUCAGGGGUAAUGUAAAAGCACAUAUAGCUGCAUACACAUAUAAAGAUUUUAUAUGCUGUGUGUGCGCACAUGUGUGUGUUUUACCAGCUGCAUUCUGUUGAUUGUGCUCACGGCUGUGAAUAGCUCAGGUGUGGUGUCAGGUGUGAGGUGAGGAAUGUGUUUGUGUGUGUGUGUGAGACACACACACUCUGAUCCAAUGCAAACAAAAGUGUGAUUUCACGUUUCACAUUUGUGUAAUGCAAACACACACACAUCUUUAUCACAGCUGCAGGGGGAUGACAGCAGACAUAAACAUCUAUCAGUUUUCAGUUUUCUCUCUUUUGGGUUUUUCUUCGCAAAGUUACUUAAACUGUCAAAGUGUUUAUAUGUAGCCACCUGAAGAAUAACAUAUGUGGUUUAAUAACACUUAAGGUUGAUUGUAGGGCCAGACAUAACUUGUCAUUUCAAAAAACUUUUUUUUAGUGCGCUCUACUUUUAAACUUAAAAAAGGAUACUUUCAGCCUACUUUAUAUACUUCAGAAAAAUGACACUUAAAUCUACUUAUACUGACAGUAAAGUCUAAAUAUAUUUGACCUGUACCUGAACUUCAUCUUUUGAAGGAGAUAUACUUAAAAGUGUAAUUUAGUGUUGUAUAUACUAUGCCUGUAAGUUGUGUUUACUCUUUUAAUUAAGUAGCCUCAUGAGUAGUAAAUUACCUAUAAGUUAACUUUUUUGUAUUAUUGUGGCAGUACAAAUUAAAAACGAAAUUGUAAAUUAGUUGUGUAUUCAACGUUUACUACUAUUUGUGCUUAAAACUAUA